AUGGCUGCGAAAACGUACGAAGCUGGAUACAGUAAAUACUAUGGCGAUCGGUUAAAGAACGUUUCAAAAAGCACAUCAGAGGAGGAGAUUAAACAAUUGUAUCGUGAUUGGGCGAGCAGUUAUGACGAGGUAAGAAAGACUUUUUGGUGUAAAACCCGCAGAGAUAAAAGGUAGCAUAAGCAACGACGACGGCGACGGCAACGAAAACGGCAGAAACGCUAUAGGUUUGAUAAGCAAAACAACAAGUCUACCCGUGUUUCAUAUUUUUUCAACUGAUUUCUUUGCCGUCAUCAGUAAGAAUCAGUUCGUAGGGCAAGUAUUUUUUACUUUGUAAAAGCAGCCUUUGGUUGUAACUUUUCUCCUACCUUAGUUGAUAAUGUUAUGAUUAUUGUUAUGCACAUGUCAGUCUUAAGUUGUGGAGCACUUUUUCUCGGCCCUAGGCUGCCAAGACCAGGCAAAGGUCCUCAAGUUACAAGAAGGAUGUUCAGUGUUAUUUUUUUUUAUAGCGGAACGUUUAUUGCUCUUGUCCGCCCGUACGUCCCCCCGUACACACCCUGGGGAAGUUGAAGGGAGACUUUGCAAGGGAGGCUGGAAGGGAGUUCUAGACACAAAGCUUACAUUUGUCUUGGCGAAAGUUUUAUCCAGUUCAGAAAGAGCUGUUUACUAUUGCACAUUUACUCUGGAUGCCAGAGACGUUUCAGGUGGGGUUUCCGGUUUCUGUCGAGUCUACAUAGUGACCCGAGCAAAAAGCCUCUGACGCCGAGGGUAUCACAUAUUUAAAUGAAAUAUUCGAAUAAAUAUAGUGAAAACAGACGAUGUACGCGUACUAUCCAUUUUACUGUUACUAUCCUAGUUUUUGCACUGUAUUUCUCGGAGAGGUUUCGCAAUUAUAAUUGACAAGCGCAUUUAAGACUGUAAAUGUUUCUUUCAUUUUUCGUUGAUACUGUACUGUAGUUUUAAGCUACUUCUAAUUCGAGCAUCUCUUGCCUCUAAUUUAUCACAUCACCUUCUUGGUCGUGUGCAUGCCGUAUUGUGACGGAAAACCUCGGAAGACACUUGAUACUUGCAAUUUCUUAACCGUCUCGCGAGACAAGACUUUCGUCUCUCGGGACGAGUCUUUCGUCCCUCGAUUUCGCGAGAUGGUGGUAACUUACUUUUCAGAUUUACACAGUACUAGGGGAAGGAGCGGCUGUACACGACUGCAGCUACAGCGUAAGCAAAUGUUGAAACGAUUGUCCACUAAAAGAAUGAAUUGACUUAAAAGGAAGGCGGUAACCGGCUCUCUCAAGGUAGCUGUUGUAAAUUUAAAGAUGAUGAAAAACAUAAAACUGUGCAUGAGGUGCUCUUUUGCCAUUUGUCAUUGUAUGUACAUGUAUGUAGCCACCUUCAGUCAAGAAUAUGGUUGACGGAAUUUUAUAUUUCACACUUUUGAUCAAAUAUCUUCUUUUACCUUCUUCUCCAAGCGUUACAAUUAUAAUGAUGAUGAUGAUGAUUAUUAUUAUUGGUUAUAAUUAUUUUUACUUUCAUUAUCUUUGCUAUUAUCAUUACUAUGCAUUGAUCGAAAGCUGCGGUUGAUUGACAAUUUCAGCAAGUCCUGUCAACGCGCUGUGUUGUGUACAAAGAAUGAGUGGAAAAUCAUUGAAGUCGGUGCAGGUACGGGACUGUUAGGUCUGGAACUUCAUGAGCUUGGCUACAAUGUACUGCACGCGUUGGAUAUUUCAGCUGAAAUGUUAAACGAAGCAAAAAAGAAAAACUUCUACAAAAAGUUCAUCUGCGCCUCGUUGAGUGACCAGCGGAUUCCUGAAAUAGACACUGGGGAAUAUGAUGCUCUGAUUUGCGUUGGUACACUGUUUAGGGGACACGCUCGCUCCUCUGCGUUUUUGGAAAUGAUCAGAAUGGUUAGGAUCGGUAAGACCUAUAGUCCAAUUACCAUUAUUUUUAAUGCUGCGCGACCUGAUGAAAACCAUUUGGAAAUAGAUUUUCAUCAAUCAAACGAUACAUAGAACACCGUCUGUCUGCACGUUUGAACGGUACAUGUAGGCAGCAAAGUCUGCCAUUUCGGAAACGGGGGUCUAAAGCGGAAAAAUGCACUGUUCGGCUAAGGAAAGUUAACGAAUUGUCGAGAAAGCAUUUUAGUGUUAUUUUGUGCGUGAAAAAGUUUAUAAAAGGGAAACUCCGGACACAUACUACUAGUACAGGUAUGGCAGCUACUUAAGCAUGUCCCCCCGUUUAAGUGUUAACUGUUUUGAUUGCUUUGAUCGCAAAAAGACCAAAUUUAUGCCUGUAGUAAUAGUUACAACCCUCUUUAUCAUGCGGUGACCACGAUUUUGUCUUGUAUUUAAGUCGCCUCUUUGUUUUGGUUUGUUUUAUUGUUGAUGGUGUUGGUCGCGAGGCUGUGGCACUCAAGAGAAUUAGGUAGAAAUUUCAUUGUUUAUUGUUUGCGUGUCUUUGUUCUUCGUGUUAAGUUUUAUUGCAUAUGGUAUAUUUAGCUUCGAUUAUAAUUUUCGCGUCAGUUCUUUGUUGUGCUUCGCUGGUCCACGGUUUAAGUCUUUUCAUUUUUGCUCUUUGCUCGUCCUAGUGUUUCAUCUUAUUUCGCUAUCGUGUGUAAGUAUGUCGUUUGUUUCAUUCGCAUUUUCAUUUUGCCUCAUUGCUUUCGCUCAAUUGGUUGGUUAUUUUAUCUUGACCUUGUAGUUGUUUAAUUGUUGUUUUUAUCAGUACCGCUUCACUUUGUUUCGCUCUACUCCACAUCGCUUCUCUUCGGUUCACCUUGUUCCUAUUGAUUGUCGAAGAUCUAGAAAUAAAGUUUUUUGUGUGCAAAUUUAAAUCCCGUAAAGGCUGCGACUACACCACCGUUUGAACCAAUGGAUCCUGACCUCUAGUUACUUUUUUUAACAGUAUCGAGCUCUCUUCUCUUCAGCUUUACUAUAUUAAUUUUUUCUUUACUACUUAUUUUUGUCUGGGAAGCUGGUUCUGUAAAAAAAGGUGAACCUAAGUGUUUUUAUUCACGAUGCCACUUUUUUCUUUCCAGCUGGCCUUAUUUGUUUUGAUAUCCGAGACACUGAAUUAGGCGACUACCAAGGAAUGAUGCUGAAGAUGGACGAUGGAUAA